AAUGUACGACGCCGGCCACCGUAAUACGUUAAAAGACUGUCGCAAAACUAUCGGGUUGCCAUGGGCUGUUUUCUCUUUGAAACCGACGUUGAUCAAGAUGGCGGCAUUCGGUGUAGAAAGGUGGCUGAAUGAUUUACCAAACCAUGCUAUUUUCAAAAAAAUACAAGAGAAGUUGGGUUCGGAGCCUAGCACAAAUGAAAGAGAUAUCGCUAAAAACCUCACCUUUUGUUUGGGUGGGGACUUUUUCCUGUGGAACGACGCAGACAGCGUGUUUUACACGACCAACUUACGACAGCUAAGCCCGGACGAGAGUCGCAGUAGCGGGAGCUAUCAGACGUUGUUGUGUAUCAACCCUCCUCUUUUCGAAGUGUGCCAGGUGUUGGUGAGUCCAACACAGCACCACAUUGCGCUCAUCGGGAAGCGUGGCAUCUCGGUCCUAGAACUUCCUCAGCGGUGGGGCAAGAGGUCCGAGUUCGAGGGCGGACGAAGCGAAAUCAACUGCAGGACAAUCCCGGUGGCAGAGCGAUUCUUCACCAGCUCACUGUCCGUGAAUCUGAGGCAGGCAGCUUGGUACCCGAGUGAGACCGACGAACCCCAUCUGGUGCUGCUCACAUCCGACAACACAAUCAGGUUUUACGGUCUGAAGUCGCCCCAGACGCCGGUCAAUGUCCUGCCAGUUUCGCAGUCGGAAGAUGGCAGCAGCAUCCAUCCACCGGACCGUUCCUAUGCAGCAUCUCUAGGCGAGAUAGCUGUGGCGUUUGACUUUGGGCCGAUUUCGCCCCCCCCUCGGAAGCUGACAGCAAGGUGGGCUAAAGAGCAGCUGCUCUACCCUCUGUAUAUUCUCUACGGAAAUGGGGAAACCUAUGUGAGCUACACGAGCCAGACAAACGGUGUGAGUGUAAGUAAACCUGCUGGGCCCCUUCCCAUGUAUCCUGCAGCAGAAGAUAACUAUGGCUAUGAGGCUUGUGCGAUUCUCUGCCUGCCAUGCGUGCCCAGUAUUCUAGUCAUCGCCACAGAAACAGGCACGCUGUAUCAUUGCGUGGUACUGGACUCUGAAGAGGAGGAAGAGACGGGGGCAGUGGAAAAGUGGAUCCGAGGCACAGAGGCAGUUCCAGCUUUGUAUGUAUUUGAGUGUGUUGAGUUAGAGCUUACCCUCAAAGUAGCCACAGGAGAUGACGAGGAGCCUCAAGAACUUGAUUUCACCUGCCCAAUCAGACUGCACAGAGACCCCCUGUGCCAGCAUAGGUAUCAUUGCACUCACGAAGCAGGAGUGCACAGCGUGGGGCUAAUCUGGGCCAACAAGCUGCAGAAGUUCCUCCAGUCAGACGAGGAGGACAAGGACAGUCUCCAGGAACUGGCUGCUGAGAAGCGCUGUAUUGUAGAGCACAUUCUUUGCACUAGACCACUCCAGACCAGUCAGUCAGCUCCGGUUCGUGGCUUUUUGAUUGUGUCUGACCUUGCCUUGGGAGCCACCAUGAUCUGCAUCACCAGGGCCUACGAGUGCAUCCUGUUGCCCUUGCUGAGCUCCAUUCGCCCUCCCUCCCCUCCACUGCUUUGUUCCCAUCCAGGUCCGGGCUCUGCUAGCUCCCCUCUGCGCAGGCUGGCCGACAACUCCUUCGAGCAGCACAUCCGCAACAUCCUGGCACGUAGCUCCACCAAUCCCCUUGUACUCAAGGCUGGGGACAAGGACAAGACACCACCUCUACCAGAGUGUCUGCAGCUCCUCAGCAGAGCCACACAGGUCUUCCGUGAGGAAUACAUUCUCAAACAGGAUAUGGCCUGUGAGGAGAUGCAGAGAAGAGUAAAACUCCUGACAGGCCAGAAGAACAAGCAGCUGGAGGAGCUGGCUGUGUGCAGGGAGGAGAGGAAAAGUCUGAGAGAAGCAGCAGAGAGGUUGGCUGAUAAGUAUGAAGAUGCAAAGUAUCGCCAGGAAACCAUUGUGAACAGGGUCAAAAAAGUGUUGGGCAGCCUGCAAAGCCAACUACCCAUACUCUCCAACAGUGAGAAGGAUAUGAAGAAGGAGCUUCAGGCAAUCAAUGAUCAACUGAAACACCUGGACAACUGCAUCAAACAGGUGAACAUGAAGAUGGAGUACCAGAAGACACAAGUGGACAAGGCUGUGCCUGUAGCCAGGACGACCAUGUCACUCAAUGCCCACCAGAAGAAGGUUGUUCAGGAUGUGCUCAGAGAACAGGGACAGGAAAUUGGUGGUAUGAUGAAACAGAUCAAAGAUGUGAAAAAUUAUUUUAGUUUCUAAGCACUAGAAUUCACUAAAAUGAGAAAAUGUUUCAGAUGCUCUUUUGAAUAUGGUCAGAAAAUCUACCUUUUGUGACACUUAACAAGGGCUUUAGCUCUAAGUGAUUGCACCAUGUGUGGAAUGGGUAUGAGAGUUGAGAAAUAUUUUAUAUAUACUGAUAUAACUUUACCUUUGAUACUAGGUCUUAUCUCUUAAUAGUGAUGCGGUAGCUUUACCUUUGUGUCAUACUUUGCAUAUUUUUACAUCAGUGGUUCCAAAUGUUAAGGCUUGAUUCUGUGAUUUAGUCAGAGCAGAAUGUGUUAUGUAUGUGCAGGUAAAAUGGGAAAAUAGUUUGAGCUACCAAGCUAUGUUCAACAUGAUUUGCUUUCUUUUUGGAUGUAUAAUAAACUUCAGAGUUAUCUGUAACUAAUGUAACUCAUUUGUGACAAAAUACAACAGCUGGUUAAAUAUUUUGUAACAUCUUUGGCAAGUGAAAUUACACAUGAAUUAAAAUGUAGAUUGACUUAAACAUUAAAAUAGUGUAUAUAAAAUAAGACUUUAAAAAGGUUUCAAGGACAAGUUCUCAGUUUUCAUAGUCUAAAUUAAUACAAUAAUCAUGUAAAUUGAAAGUUAUUGGUCACCAGUUAUUCACAUGUGGAGUCAAAAUUACAGUCCUUGUUAGAUCAAGCUGUAUGUAUUAUAAAUGCACCCUUAAAUUUAACACUCUGUAACAUGCCCACUUAAAAUGACUAACUUUUGUGAAGCCUCUUAUUAGUUUCAGCUGAACAUUAAAAUGCUGUCUUGCACAACAGGAGUAUUUGGGUUUCACUGACUUGAAAAAAAGCGAACUUAUCCUUUAAUGCACAUGCCUCCAGUCUGCCACCUACUGUUGGACACUGUAAUGUUUAUUAUUUUAGUGUAAGUUUGCCAGGAAUCCAGUAUCCACCAGAGGUCACUCCUCUCCAGAGUGGGUGACCUCAGUUUUUCUUCCACCACAGGUUUGCUAGUAAGGAAUUCCCCACAUAAACACGGUGACGUAUACGGAGACCCCGGUUUCCUUAAGUAAGCUUCAUUCUUGGGGAUGUCUGAUGUUGGUCCUCUGCUCUAGUUUGGACCUGUGUGUAAGCCUCACCCCACUGCUUUGGCAGCACUGUGUGUUCUGAUCUGGGCAACAAAUGUUUGUGAUUUGCUAUGACUCAGCACAGCCUAAUUAUGUAACAGAUGG